AUGACAGCUCCUGUUAGUGGUAGUUGUAGUGGUAGGAAAAAGUCUGUUGUUUGGGGUCACUUUGAAAAAGUAAAGAUAGGUGAGGGUGAUACUAGUAAGACUAAGGCUAUCUGUAAUUAUUGUCAAAAAUCUUAUAAUGCUGAUAGUAAGAGUUGUGGUACCAGUAAUUUGUUAGCUCAUGUGCCAAUAUGUCCCAAGAACCCUAAUAGAGAAGAUGUAGUUAAAGGGCAGAAAACAUUAGCUUUUGUACCCAAAAAGGAUGGAGAAGAUGGAUUGCACCUUGUGUCAACAUCCUUUUCUGUUGAGGCUUAUAGAAAGGCAUUGGCUGAAAUGGUUAUAAUUGAUGAGUUGCCUUUUAGGUAUGUCGAGGGGUAUGGGUUUAAGAAAUUUGUUAGAACCUUGCAACCUAUGCUUAGAUUAAAGGAUAUCCCAUCUCGUCAAACUGUGGCUAGGGAUGUGAUUGGCAUUUAUAAUAGUGAGAGAGAGAAGCUAAGGAAAUCCUUGAAGGGUUGUAGGGUGUGUCUCACUACGGACACAUGGACUUCUAUUCAAAAUUUAAAUUAUAUGUGUCUGACUUGUCACUUUAUUGAUGAUGCUUGGAAAUUGCAUAAGAGAAUUCUAAAUUUUUGUCAAGUUGAGGACCACAAGGGGGAGACUAUAGGUAGAAAGAUUGAGAUGUCGUUACGUGAGUGGGGUAUUGAUGGGAUAUUUACCUUGACAGUAGAUAAUGCUAGCUCAAAUUUAACAACAAUUAAAUUUCUGCAAAGGGUGACUAAAGAUUGGAAUGGGGCAGUUUUAGGAAAUGAGUACAUGCACAUGAGGUGUUGUGCCCAUACCCUAAAUCUCAUUGUGGGGGAGGGUUUAAAAGAGAUAGAUGCAUCUGUUGCUAAGGUGCGUGAAGCUGUGAGGUAUGUGAAGUCCUCACCCAAUAGAAGUCAAACUUUUAAGAGUUUUAUGGAGAGGUUAGGUAUGGAGUCCAAGAGUCUUCUCAGUCUAGAUGUACCUACUAGGUGGAACUCGACCUAUAUCAUGUUAGAAACUGCUGAAAAGUUUGAGAAAGUGUUUCUCCGAAUGGAUUUUGAAGAUGAUGGUUAUUCGUCGUACUUUAGGACCAAGGAAGAUAGUGGUGGUUUGGGGUCUCCAUGUAUGAUUGAUUUCCAAAAUUGUAGGGUGUUUGUGACUUUCUUAAGGCUGUUUUAUAAUGCAACAAAGAAAUUUUCUGGUUCAUUGUAUGUUACUUCAAAUGCCUUCUAUGAUGAGAUCUUUGUUAUUCAGGAGAGUAUUUCCAAUUUAGUUAAAUCACAAAACACUCUCUUGAAAAGCACAACCACAAACAUGCAAACUAAGUUUGAGAAGUAUUGGGGGGAAGGGGAGAAAAUUAAUCCUCUUUUGUAUGUGGCUGUGGUCUUUGAUCCACGAAAAAAAUUGAGGUUUUUGAAGUUUUCAUUUUCUGAAAUUUAUGGGAAUGCAGUUGCUGAAGUGAUGGUUGAUAAGGUGAAAGACCUUUUGUUUAAGUUGUAUAAUUUUUACAAUUGUAUUCAUUCACCAAAUGUGCAAGAUCAAAGUGGGAGUGAGAGGACAGAAUUGGAAACUGAUGCUAGUGAUCCAUAUGUUAUGGUUCACUCGCGAUAUGAGCGUUUUUUGCAAGUUGAGCAAUCUGUAGGUUGUAGUAAUGAGCUUGAGAGGUAUUUAGCUGAAAACUGUGAUGGUAGAAAGGAUGUACCAAGUGUUGUCUAA